GAAUUUUCGAAGCUAUGCAUCAAUCCGUAUUCUUCUUCAGAUUGAUUUUCGCUCUGAUCGCCGAAAACUGCAGUUCAGGCAAGAGUCAAAACCAGUAUGCACGCUCACGUCGAAUUAUAAACUGGUGCAUAAAAACAAAUCCCAUGGUUAUGAAUAUUUCAUGGGGAAUGCUGGCCAAUAAAAGCUAACUAAAUGGUCAUACACAUGUUUUAUCUCAAUAUCGAAAUUAUGAGUGUAGGUUAUAACCACCAAGGCUAUAGCGGUCUCGUGCCGACAAACGUGCCCAGGCCAACUUCGAGUAUAUAAGUGGCAUUAUCAGCUGUUGGAUGUUGACAAUAAAGCAAUAAAAAUGCCUAGUUCCACGGAAGCAACACAGCGUAGGAAUCUUCCAUGUUCGCCUAUCCCCAUAACGCUUUUGUCAGGGUUUCUUGGCUCCGGAAAGACGACGCUUUUGGAACGUAUUCUCACAACUGAGCAUGGUUUAAAAAUUGCAGUUGUGAUCAACGACGUGUCCCUGUUGAAUAUCGACGCUGCUUUGAUCCAAAACCACAAAGUCACGAAAAAGGAAGAGAAGCUCAUCCAGUUGCAAAAUGGCUGUAUUUGCUGCACUUUGAGAGGCGACUUGCUCGAGGAGCUUGUAUCGCUCGCAACGGCAGGUGAGUUCCAAUAUAUAAUCAUCGAGUCAACUGGAAUAUCAGAACCCAUGCAGGUAGCUGAAACUUUCACCACUGAGUUUUCUGAACAAAUGCUCCAAAGUGAUCUUCCAGAGGAAGAAGUCAAGGUUCUCCAGGAAAUUCUUGCUCUUGGAGGACUCAACAAAUUGACCAAAUUGGAUACAUGCGUGACCAUGAUCGAUGCCGUUAAUUUCAUGAGUAAUUUCGAGACCACCGAAUUUCUUGCUGACAGGUACGGCGAUAACGGACAAGGUGAGACUGAGCGUACAAUUACUGAUUUGAUGGUAGACCAGAUCGAGUUUGCCGAUGUGGUGAUAAUCAACAAGUUUUCGUCUCUUCAGGCAACAAAGGCUGGCCGCAAACAAGCGAAAAGAGUCGAGGGUGUCAUUCAGGCUUUGAAUCCAGUCGCCAAAAUCAUCAAAUGCGACUAUGCCAAGGUCAAUGUCAAGGAUGUGAUAAACACUAAGCUCUUUGAUUUCGAGAAGGCCAGUACUUCUGCAGGAUGGCUUCAAAGCAUUAAUGAGAUGACCGUAAGGGAAGGCUUUGGAGAUAAGAGCAAGGCGACUUUGACCCCCAAACCUGAGACCGAAGAGUACGGUAUCAACCAUUUCAUAUAUCAAUCGCGUCGUCCGUUCCAUCCUGAGCGUCUUUACCGUACUCUUCGGGAAAAGUUUUUAAUCAUCGAGCAGUCUGGCGUGGAUGAACACGAUGGAGAGGGGGAAACUGACGAGGAGAAUGAAGGUGUGGACGAGGACGACAAUGAGAAUGAGAAAGGAACCGAGAAUAAUGAAGGAAAUGAGGCUGGUGGAAGGGAUAGUGAUAUGUCUGAAAGUGAGAGUGAGGACGACCAAGAAGACGAAGAAGACGAAGAUUUGAGCGAGCAACAGCUCAUCGAAAACAAGAAAGCAUCCGUGUUUGGGCCCAUGCUUCGGUCCAAGGGUUUUUUCUGGCUAGCCUCUCGCCACAUUAUUAGGGGAGAGUGGCUGUCUGCUGGCAGCAUGCUUACCAUGAAAGGUGGAGUGCCGUGGUUUUGCGUCACCGGUCCAGAAUUCAUCCCGCCCGAGGCUGCAGAAUUGAUUCAAAAGGACAUGAAGGGCAAGUAUGGAGACCGUCGUAAUGAAAUUGUCUUUAUUGGGCUCAACAUCGAUAAGAAGGGACUCCAGAAGGCAAUGGACGAGUGCUUGCUUAAUGAUGAAGAAUUCGCAGAGUACGAGAACGUCAUUAAGCUGCAAAAAAAUCUUAUUUCUCUCGAGAAAAAAUUGCAGACUGUGUUUGAGGAUGGCUUCGAAAGCUGGAUACAGUUCGACGAGGAAUAAUACUCUCUUGCGUCUGCAAGUUACCCAGAUAGGUGAAACGUUGCCCGAAGUUUUUGAUAGAGUCUUGAGUAUAGUAUCUUCAUAGCAUUCAGUAAAGCAAAAUGAAAUCCGUUGGCGGAG